AUGUCGAGAUAUCGAAGCCGGAGAUGUGCGCUAGGAACUAUAGAAAUCAUACCCCGUACCCAUGCCGUAGAGACCGACUCAAACGUCCACCAUCACAGCAUCUUCAUCUCCCUCGAUCUCACAUCCAUGAAGCACAACUCUCUGAAGCUCCUCUCCUCGAACCCCAGUUCCCAUCACCUUCCUGACAGCACCACGUAUUCCCACCCACUGCUCCCCCUCCUCCGUGAACUUUCCAAACCGACUCUCCAACAACUCAACCCACACCCACAGCCCAGCUACCGUCCUGUGCACAUUCCUGCUGAUCUGGCGAUCCUGAAGUCAUGUCUUGAAUCUCUUCAGUGCCGUCUUAAACACUCUCUUCGCGUCGUCCUGGUCGACUGCCAUGCCUAUCACGCGCAUCGUGUCGGUCGAGCCCACGGGGUACUCGCCGCACGAGAUGCAGAAUUGGCAGCCUCGUUUCGUUCAAGUUCGCUCGAUGUCCAUUCCUUGACCAUCUUCAUCCAUAAGCUUCAUGUCCAAGACGAGCAUGCCCGCGAGGGUGGGCUUGGAGCCAGUCUGACUGAUGCGGACGACGGUGAUGCAUAA